AUGGAUUCUGAUCUUUAUUUCUUUGAUGGGUCUUCAUCUUCUUCCUCAAUUUGCCACAGUAUUGAACCUGAUAUGUUUUCUUCUGAUACAACAACGACAGAUCUCUUCUCCAACAAUCCUUAUCUCAGUCCAAUCGAUGAUCCAUCUCUUAAUUUCUUUGACAAUUUUACCCCUCCAACCCAUUCUUCUCCUCCAAUCUCUCAGCUCCAAACCCUAAAUCUCUCUCACACAAACAGUUUCCCCAAUUUCUCCGGUUUCGAAAGCUUAGACGCCGUCAAAACAGAGCAGCUCAUGUUUAAUUCUCCUUUCGAUGUUCCAAUAAUGGAUGGUUCCUCGACUUUGUUAAGCUCACCGGAAAAUUCCUUCUUCUCCGGUCACAUGCGACGAGUGUACAGCACCGGAGAUUUACAGAAUCUGAGAAGAGAUUUUACGGGACAGAGCUCAUCAACGACGCCGUUUUCCGGCGAAGAACAAAAUUUGAAGGUGGGACGUUACAGUGCUGAAGAACGCAAGGAGAAGAUUUCAAAGUAUAGAGCUAAACGAACACAGAGAAACUUCACCAAAACCAUUAAGUAUGCAUGCCGGAAAACGUUGGCGGACAACAGACCAAGAGUACGUGGAAGAUUUGCAAGAAACGACGAAGUUUUUGAGAGCCCCAAGAUUGCUAUAUCCUUCACUAGACAAGAAGACGACGACCUUUGGAAUUUGGAUGGGUUGCAUGAGGAAGAAGAAGCUUUUGUGAGCAGCUUUGUGGAAUGUCAGUCUCAGCCUCAAUUGCAAAUGCAAUACACAACGAGUUCAUUCUGGUGAAAGCAUCUGUCUGAGAAAGAAGGGAUGAAUAUUAUUCUUUCCGAUUUAAUAUGAAAAAUGGAGAAGAAUCGAUCGAGUCAUAUAUUGGAUAUUAAUUAUGUUUAUUCCCGCUUACAUCAUAAACAAUAAUUAUACGAUAUAUAUAUGACUCAAUAUAGUACUGCACCAGAAUAAACAAUUUUAGGUAAAAUAGUGAUUUAAUAAGUCACUUAGUGAUAGUGUCAGGGUGG